GUAAUUGUUUCCGCCGGUCACACACACUGUCCAUAAACCGAAGAAAAAAAAAACCAAAAAAAAAUGAUGCUUCAUUUCUUACUCUCAUGACGGAAACGAAUGGCAAGCAAGCAGCCUCAAGUACUCAAUCGAAACCUGUUAAACCAACAUACCUUCAUCGGGAAGAAUGGCCCUUCCAAGAAGUAAUGGAUGAUGCUUAUGAACGUGAGCUAGAAAUAAUUCAAGUCUUUACAGUCUAUGUGGAGCCAAAACAAACAAAUGAUAUAUUAAAAUUGGCUCAGAAAAAGCUACCUCCUUUAGAAGGUUUAGAUCACUGUAAAAGAAUUAGACGACAACCAAAACCAGGCAAUGAUAAAGAAUACAUUUUAGAAGUUAUUCUCUGUAAAAAAGAUAGAAUAGAUCAAGAGCAGUUAGAGAAAAUAUUUUCAGAUAACAACAUCAUACCUAUACAAUUUAACAUCAUUCCUCUCUCGAAACAUGCGCCACUCAAUACAAAGCAAUAUGAAGCAUGGAAACACCUAUGGCCACUCAACUAUCGCGAAGACACUCGAUUAGAUCCGAAAUUCACAAAAGAGGAUAUCAUGACAGUUCAUGAACAUAUACAACACUUAUUCAAUACAGCAGAAGGAAGCGUGAAAUGCCGCAUUGUACAUCCCGUGACAAAUAAAGUUUUGAGUGAAGAAAGUGAUCAUCGCUCGAGGCAUCCUCUUCAUCAUGCCGUCAUUAAUUGCAUCAAUUCAAUAGCUGCAUUGGAGUUUGAGGCCAACGGAAAACGAGGACGAUUGAAAAGAAUGUCGAAUGAAAUGACCGGGAACGAAGACGACUCAACAGAAGAAGCGACAACAUCCCCAGCGAAACCAACGGCACCAACGGCUUACUUGUGCACGGGCUAUGAUGUCUAUCUAACACAUGAACCAUGCGCUAUGUGCGCUAUGGCACUAUUGCACUCCAGAGUAGCUCGUGUGUUCUACAGUAUACCCUCAAAGACAGGUGCUUUUGGAACCAACUAUAAGAUCCACUCGCAUCAUAGCCUGAACCACCAUUUCCGUGUGUUCAAGAACGUUCUCUACGAAGACAUGCAAUCAUACCGACUCCAUCCUGCGCUAAUUGACCAAGAACUAUAAUAAAAGAUGAAUCCUAAAAAGGAAAAAAAGAUCAUGCGUUGGCGCUGUUCAUUACAUAUUGAACUGUUUGAGAGUAUAUCUGAUUGUGUCAGACGAGAAUGAAAUGAUAGAUUUAAGGACCCAUCUUCAGAAAAAGGCAUAGAAGCUUACAGCAGAUCACUUUUGCAUGAAACAGCCCCUUUCUUUCUGGAUCACUUCCUUUACCUUUUUUUUUUUUUUUUUUUUUCUGUGAUUUGUAUUAAACCUAAUUUUUCUUUCUUU